AUGAUAACGCAGCAGAGUACUUCAAGCAUUUUAUCAACAAGAUUUAGUGUUUUGACAAAUACACCGAAUAAUACAGUCACUAGUGUAACAAAACCUUCUACAAUAACAACCACGGCUAUAAAAAAUACUACAAAAAUCAGCACAGUUGCAACACGAAGUUCCACUACAACAACCACCAGUAUGCAAAAUACUACCACCAUGACACAGAGUUCUACUUCAACAACUACGGAUUUGAAAAAUACUGCAAAAAUCAGUACUGCUACGACACAAAAUUCUACAAGUACUAUUCCUACUAGAACAGUUACUUCGUCAAUGGUAAAAACUCAAUACUCAUCGGCUCUGACUAGUAAUAGUCAAAUGUAUUGUCGUACAAGUAUUUGUGCAAUACCAAAUACUUAUUUUCAAGCUAUUCAGCUCAAUGUAUCUAUCAGUGGAACCUAUACUUUCGUAUGCAAUAGUUCCAUAGAUACAUAUGGUUUUUUAUAUUAUAAUACUUUUGAUCCUAACUAUCCGCCUGCAAAUCUAAUCAUAUUAGAUGAUGAUGGAGGUGGUAAUUAUCAAUUUCAGUUAACAGCACAUCUUCAAAUCUCGUCAAGAUACAUUUUAGUUGUAACAACAUUUAAUCAAAAUAUAACAGGACCUUUCACUAUUACAGCAACAGGCGUGUCAUCAAUCGAUUUAUCUUCAAUAAAUGUGUCAAGUAAUUCAUCAGUUGUUCAAUCACAGUAUUUAUCAACUUUGAACAGUAGUAGUGCUAAAUACUGUCGAACGGGUGAUUGUUCCAGUUCACAGGAUUAUUAUUAUUAUUCAGCUAUUCUUCUCAAUGUUAAUACAACUGGAUAUUAUACAAUUAAUUCGCAAAGUAAUAUGAAUACAUUUGGAUAUAUUUACGUUGAUAGCUUUAAUGCUUCUGUUCCAUUGCAAAAUAUGUAUUUUUAUAAUGAUGAUGGUGGUGGCAACAGCCAAUUCACUUUUGAUUUAUCCAUUGAUGCUACAGCAAAGUGUAUUUUAGUUGUUACAACAUAUUCACCAAAUGUGCUAGGCGCAUUUUCAAUCAUAUCAUAUGGUUCUGGACCUAUUCAGUUUACUAUUCAACAACAAUAG